CGGGGGAAAUUGCGCCAUUGCUCGGUCGUGCGUUAUUCGCGCGUGAACAGAGAGUGAUCGGAACCGCUGAACCGCGCUUCAAUGAUCAACUUCUGAAACAGAGACGAAGAGUUUGUGACAGCAGCCAUGAGGCGGACUAAAGCGGACGUGGAGCGCUACAUCUCUUCAGUUCAGAGCGCCUCUCCCUCGCAGAAAGCGAGGCCAGUCAAAGGAUUUCUGUUUGCUAAGCUAUACUUUGAGGCGAAGGAGUAUGAGCUGGCUAAAAGACAUGUUUCAGAGUAUCUGAGCGUCCAGCCGAAGGAUCCUAAAGCGCACAAGUUCCUCGGGCAGCUGUUUGAGCGUGAUGGAGAAACGGACAAAGCCGUGGGAUGUUACAAGCGCUCGGUGGAUCUGAACCCGGCUCAGCACGAUCUGGUCCUGAAGGUGGCCGAGCUGCUGUGCAGUAAAGCCGAGCACGACAGCCGAGCCGAGUUCUGGGUGGAGAAAGCGUCCAGGCUCCUGCCGGGACACCCGGGCGUCUUCGAUCUGAGGGAGAAGCUUCUGAGCGCUCAGAGCGGCUCUAACCAGCUGUACGAGCUGCUGCAGUCGGAGCUCAAGCUGCGGCCCGCAGACACCUACAUUAACCACAAGCUGGUGCAGCUCUACAGCGCCGAGGGCCGGCACCAGGACGCUGUCAAACACUGCCUUGCCGUGGAGAAGGCCGGCGUCCUGAGACACUGUCUGGAGUGGUACCAGCUGUUGGUCAGCACCCUGCAGGAGUAUCUCCGCCAGCCGAGCGUGUCCUCGAACGAACAGGCAUCACGCAAGUUUCACAAAGAGUUGCUGCUGGCUCAGUGCAGCUGUGUGAGACUGACACUAAUGAUGAAGGACUGUGAGGAGAGCACCGCUGCACUCAAGAGUUUCGACUGUGCAAUGCAGGAUCUAAAGAACACGGCCACAAAUACGGCCGAUGAGCUGGCGGAGGUGUUUACGGAGAUGAGGGCGCACCUGUACUUGUCUGCCGGGACACUGCUGCUGAAGAGGGCGCAGGAAGGGUCACAGCAGUGGAGGACCGUGCUGCAUCUGUCUGCUCUCUGUUAUCUCGUAGCCUAUCAGGCUCCGAGACCCAAAGUCAAGAGCUUGAAGAGCGAGCAGGCGUCUCAUGAGCCUCUGGAGCUGCUGGCCUGUGAUCGUCAGAGUCAGGCGGGCCACAUGCUGCUGAACCUGAGCCGGGACGUGGAGCAGCUGCUGAAGGAUGUGGUGGAGGCGUUCGGGAACCGGAGUGGCCCAGGUUUUCUAUUUGAGCAGCUGUUCGGCUCUCAGAAGCAGCAGCAGCCCUCCUUUAUCUGCAGCGAUGACAUUCACGUCCUCCAUGUACAGGCGCCCAAAGCUGCCGAUCUGGCCAAGUGGGACAGUGGAGCGGUGCUGCAGCAUGCCGGUGAUCUGCAGCAGCUGGCGUGGCUCGGCCUGCAGUGGGUGCUCAUGGGUCAAAGCGCGAGUCUGCAGGACUGGCUCAAGCAGCUCUUCCCUCGCCUCACACUCGAGACCUCCAAACUGGACACCAACACGCCGGAAUCCAUCUGCCUGCUGGACCUGGAGGUGUUCUUGUGUGGCGUGGUGUUCUGCUGUCAGACACAGCUGCAGGAGAGGGCAAAGAUGGAGUCUUGCUCUCAGCUGUACGAGCCGCGCUGUCUGCCGCUGCACAUCAUCAAGCUGCUGUCGUCUGACAGACAGAGAGAGUGGUGGGAUGCCGUCUACAGCCUGAUUCACAAGAGAGCGCAGCCCGGGACGUCUGCUAAACUGCGUCUGGUCGUUCAGCACGGUUUGGGCACGCUGCGCGCCAGAGAGAAACACGGCCUUCAGCCGGCUCUGCUCAUACACUGGGCUAAACAUCUCAGUGACACGGCUGAGCGGGUGAACUCCUACUACGAUCAGAAGGAGUACACUGGACGUAGUGUGCACUACUGGAAGGUGGUGAUCCCUCUGCUGGAGAAGGUCAAACACAAACGCAGCAUUCCUGAGCCCCUCCAGCCUAUGUUCAUGCACUUUCAGAGCAGAGACAUACAGCCUUCUCAGGUGCGAGUGUAUGAAGAAGAUGCCAUCAUAAGCUUCGCCACACUCCUUGACAUCGAAGGCAACACCGAGGAGGCCAUCGCGAAGCUGGAGCAGCUCAACAGCGUCUCGUCUAACUGGCAUCUGGCAAAGAUCUAUCAGAGACUGUCAGAGGAAGCAGGAAACGGACUCGAGGAGACUCAGGGCAGGUGCGCCAACUUCCUCCAGAAGUUCAGGAAAUACUUGACCAAGCUUUAUCAGGCCAAUGCAGACGAUAUGGAGAAGUUACCUGUAUCUAUGGAGGAGGUGAUGGAUUUGUUGAAUGAGGUCAACCAGCAGCUUGAAGAUGUUGGUGAGGUGGAGGAAGAUCAGGUGGACUAUCCUGUGACAUCCAGCCCCGGUCAGCCCGCUGAAGGCCAUGUUAAAUUCUCCACUCCUUCGCCAUCCAAGAGUGUCACCUCACCGUCUAAAAGAUCUGUGUUCUCCCCCAAAACACCUCCUCACUGGGUGGAGGACCAGAAGUCUCUGCUGCAGAUGUUAUGCCAGCAGGUCGAGGCAUUGAAGAAUGAGGUUCAUGACCUGCGCCAUAAUUCUUCAGAUGCAACAGCUUCCUCAUAUAGGAUGUAUCGAGACAACUAUACAGCAGAAGGACUUCAGGAAACAUUUCCUCCAGCACAGACAUUCCACGGUGUUCCUCUCACUGUUGCUACUACAGGUCCAUCUGUGUACUACAAUCAGUCUCCAGCAUAUAAUUCGCAGUAUCUUCUGCGCACUGCUGCAAAUGUCACACCGACAAAGGGCCCAGUAUAUGGGAUGAAUCGUCUUCCUCCACAGCAGCAUAUGUAUGGCUACCAACAAUCAACACACACUCCACCUCUCCAGUCAACACCUGCAUGCAUGUAUCCUCAAGAGCAGGUCUUUGGUCCUCCCAUCCGGUUUGAGUCACCAGCUACAUCAUUGCUCCCGUACAGUGAGGAUUAUUACGGUCACAAUGUUCCUCAGCCCACAGUCAAUCCAACAUUGCCAGAGCCUGGAUAUUUCACUAAGCCAUGUGCUGUUUCAUCCACACAGCCGUCCAAGAGCACUGAUAGCAAGCCUGCUGACCCCAAGAUCAAUUUUGGCUCUCAGUUUACAGGUGAACCUGCUAAGGUUCCCAACUUUGGAGGAGUAGCUGCUGUUCCAACAACAACGGCAACAGCAACAACUGCAUUCAAGUUCAACUCCAAUUUCAAGUCCAAUGAUGGUGAUUUCACCUUCUCCUCUGCUCAGGUGAAACAUAGCGAAAGCCUCUUGGGUCUUCUGACAUCAGAUAUUCCUCCCAAAGCAGAGGUUCUGUCAGAACCAAAACAUCAGACCCAAGAUCAGCAGUCUAGCCAGAGCGGAGUCUUUACCUUUGGCAGUAAAACUGCAGCAGGAUUUUCAUUCACUGAUGGUGCUCAGAACAAGAUGAGUAUUUUUGGCAACGCUGACCAAAGAUUUGGCUUUACAAGUGGAACCAAGCCGAUAUCAGGGAAUUCAGAGGCUCGGGAAGAGAAAAGUGGGGAAAGUGACAAUGAUAGCACCCACGUGGAGGAGGACGAGGAUGGGCCUCAUUUUGAGCCUAUUGUCCCUCUACCUGAUAAAGUCGAUGUGAAAACUGGUGAGGAGGAGGAAGAGGAGAUGUUCUGUAAGAGAGCAAAACUCUUCCGAUUUGACUCAGAGACUAAAGAGUGGAAAGAGAGGGGCAUUGGUAGUAUAAAAAUCCUUAAACACAAAACCUCUGGGAAAGUUCGUCUGUUGAUGAGGAGGGAACAGGUUCUGAAAAUCUGCGCAAAUCACUAUAUCACUGCCGACAUGGCCCUCAAACCAAAUGCUGGAUCGGACAAAUCCUGGGUGUGAUACGCUAUGGACUAUGCAGAUGAAAUGCCAAAAACGGAGCAGUUGGCCAUUCGUUUUAAAACGUCAGACGAGGCGGCACUGUUUAAAGUUAAAUUUGAGGAAGCUCAAAAGUUCCUUUUGGAAUCCCUACAAGAACCGCAAACUGAAAAGAAAAGUGAAACUCCACAGCCUCAGGUUUCAUCCAAAGAAGUGGAUCUCAAAGCCCUGUUUUCCAAGAAGGAGGGUGAAUGGGACUGUGAGGUGUGCUGUGUAAGAAACACUCCCACGUCUGCAGUGUGUGUGGCCUGCAGCAGUGCAGCUCCUUCUACAGCACCGGUCAAACCUGUAGAGGAACCCAAAGGCUCUGGUCCUAUGGCUCCUCCUGCCAAAUUGUUUUCAUUUGGACUCUCUGGAGAUUCAGCUAAGAACUCCACCAGCACUGAUGUCAUCGAGGGCUUCACGUUUGGAUCUCAAAUACCAGUUUCUUUUAAGUUUGGAUUUAAGGAUGCUGUUGGGACAUCUGCUGGCUUUGGACCUCAGGCUGAAAAGAAAACAGUUCAGGCUGAUGCACCACAACAAGAGAAAGUAUCAACAGCUCCAGCAGUCCCAUUUGGCACUGGAUUUGGUGCUCAGUUUGCCAAGAAAGAGGGUCAGUGGGACUGUGAGUCCUGCCUCGUGAGGAAUGAUGCCUCAGAAACUGAAUGUGUUGCGUGCAAAGCCCCCUGCAGCACUGUAAAAUCUAAUGCAACACCACAAGGUGGGCUAGCUGCCAUGUUUGCUAAAAAUGGACAGUGGGAUUGUGACACUUGCCUGGUAAGAAACCAAAGCUCAUCUAGCCAUUGUGUUUCAUGUCAGACAGCAAACCCAAAUCGAAAAAAGACCUCUUCUGCAUCGAGUUCCUCUUUUAGCUUCAGUUUUGGUAGUUCUAGUAGCCAACCUGCUGCGACAGGAUUUAAUGCCAAUUUCAAUGCAGGCACUGCUUUUAAGUUCGGCACAAGUAAGGAAAAAGUUUCUUCAGAAGGCUUUAAGUUUGAGUCCUCCACAACUGAUGCUGAAAAGUCAUCAGGCAGUUCUAGUUUUUCAUUUUCCAUGUCUGCACCUGUUGGCGGAUUUAAGUUUGGCAUUGCAGAUUCUGAGGCAAAACCAUCAGAUGAACAGUCCCAAAAUGGGUCUGCUUCUGACCUUCUCAAAAAUAUUGCUGAGCUUCACAAAGAGAAAGAAAAAGAGGCAGCCCCAAGUUCCUCAGAUCAGUCUGUAGAUACUGAUAGUCAUGAUAAUAAUCCCCUCUUUACUGGUAAGCCUGACUCCUGUAGUUUUGCUGACUUGGCAAAGUCACAAGGAAGUUUUCAGUUUGGCCAAAAAGAUCCCACUUUCAAAGGCUUUGAUGGGGCUGGCCAGCAGCUCUUUACCGGGUUUAAUUCUGGGCCCAAGACUGACAUCUCUGGUGAUCAAGAUGAUGACAUGUACAAAACUGAGGAGAAUGACGAUAUUCAGUUUGAACCUGUUGUUCAGAUGCCAGAGAAGGUUGACCUUGUUACAGGCGAAGAAGAUGAAAAAAUCUUGUAUUCACAGCGUGUCAAGCUCUUCAGAUUUGAUACAGAAACAAACCAAUGGAAGGAAAGAGGAGUCGGCAACCUUAAGCUUCUCAAGAAUAACCAGAACGGGAGACUGCGAAUUCUUAUGAGGAGAGAGCAAGUGUUGAAAGUGUGUGCUAAUCAUUGGAUAACAACCACAAUGAACUUAAAGCCCCUCUCUGGCUCGGAUCGAGCCUGGAUGUAACUGGCCAGUGACUUCUCAGAUGGAGAUGCAAAAUUAGAACAACUUGCAGCAAAAUUCAAGACACCAGAGCUUGCAGAAGAAUUCAAACUAAAAUUUGAGGAGUGUCAGCGACUGCUUUUGGAUAUUCCUUUGCAGACCCCUCACAAGCUUGUGAACACUGGCAGAACGGCCCAGCUCAUACAGAAAGCUGAAGAAAUGAAAUCUGGUCUUAAGGACCUCAAAUCAUUCUUGACUUACCAAAACAAGGAUGAGGAAAAUGCAGAUACAAGCCAUAGUACCUCUGCAGCUGUAGUGAAGCUCAACCCUGAUAGCACCGCACCCACUUUAGAGUGGGAUAAUUAUGAUUUAAGAGAGGAAGUGCAUGAGGACUACGCUAGCUCUGCUGUGGAUAAUACUCCUUCCCAGCCUGAUCCAGUAGCAAAAAAUUUAUUCCGCUUUGGUGAAUCAUCCACAGGGUUUAGUUUCAGCUUUCAGCCUAUUCUCAGUCCCUCUAAGUCUCCAUCUAAGCUAAACCAGAGCCAGGCUUCUGUCGGUGCGGAUGAUGAGCAGGAUGUGACGCAGGAGGAAGAGCGAGAUGGUCAGUACUUUGAGCCUGUUGUGCCACUGCCAGAUCUUGUGGAAGUCUCAACAGGAGAGGAGAAUGAACAAGUCCUCUUCAGUCACCGGGCUAAACUAUACCGCUACGAUAAAGAUCUUAGUCAGUGGAAGGAACGAGGUAUAGGGGAUCUUAAAAUACUGCAAAACCAUGAAACAAAGCGUGUCAGACUUGUGAUGAGACGGGACCAGGUCCUCAAACUGUGUGCAAACCAUUGGAUUGCUUCCAAUAUGAAGCUCAAGCCCAUGAAAGGAGCUGAGAAAGCGUGGAUCUGGAGUGCCUUUGAUUUUGCUGAAGGACAGGGCAAGGUGGAACAGCUGGCUGUUCGAUUUAAACUGCAGGAAACUGCAAGUGCUUUCAAAGAAAUCUUUGAAGAGGCAAAGACUGCACAGGAAGAAGACAAACUCUUAACCCCAUUUUCUGCCAGAAUACCUGCCUCCACCCAGGAGAUGCUUUGUGGCACAGCUGCAGUUGCUGUACUUGAGGAAAUCACAAAAGAACGUACUGGACUCUCUGAGGAAAGCAGUCCAAAACCGGAUCAUACCCCUCAAAGCACCAAGAUUGUGGUCUCUCCUCCAAAGUUUGUCUUUGGGUCAGACUCUGUGCAGAAGAUCUUUGGAAGCCCUUCUCCAUCAAAAGAGAAAUCCCCAGUUAUGAUUUCCAGUUCAAAAGAUGAGGACACAGGUGCCUCGAGACUGAAGACCUCUGCACCAGCAGUGACCAGUCAGUCAUCAGUUGGGACACCUUUCAGCAUACCAACAAGUUUGGAUUUUAGGCUUUUCAAAAAUAAUCCUAUGGCUUUUUGGACCUGCACAUCAGCCAACCAGUUUGAAGCCCAAGAGCAGAGGAGUGCUCAGGACAUGUCUGAUGAUGAUGAUGAUGAUGUUGCGAUAGUAUUUGAGCUGAAGCCGACGAGAGAACAAGCAGAGUUGGCUUCCAGGCUGAUGCUUCCUCCUACAUUCUUCUGUUACAAAAACCGUCCAGGAUACGUCAGCGACGAUGACGGCGAUGAUGAGGAUUUUGAAAGCGCAGUGAGGAAUCUGAAGGGGAAGCUGUAUGUGGAUGGAGCUGAUGGAGCGUCUGAUCACGACUCGGAGGUGACUCUGGUGUGGGAGAAGCGUCCGACUGCAGACGAGGAGCAGAGAGCCAGACGCCUCCUCCUGCCUCCUACCUUCCUCUGCGGCGUCAGCAGCGACUCCGAAGCAGAGACCGAGAGACCGGAUGACUUCAGCACUGAGCUCCAGAAGCUGAAGCAGGCCCAGCCGGUCUGUAGCACAGCACCUGCUCAGGACACACCGGUAAAGCCUUCCCAUGAUGCAGCAGCUGUGGAGACGAGCGGUAGCGGCACAGAUGAGCGUCAGACAGACACGCGUCCCAUCGACCUCUCCACCAAGAGAAGCAGUGAGAGCGAGUCCAGCACAGCUACAGGUCCGUCUUUUGGAUUCACAUCUGCAGGUGGCUUUUCAUUUGCAGAACUGGCACAUACGUCAGGUGAAUUUGCAUUUGGCAAAAAAGAUGAUAAUUUCUUGUGGUCAGGCGCGGGAGCCAGUUUUGGAAGCGCAGCGUCACAAACUGAAAGAGAGAAAUCCAGCCACGAAGCAGAAGAGGAGGGCAGUGACGACGAGACGCCCCGUAACGAGGAGAUCCACUUUGAGCCGAUCGUGUCUCUGCCCGAGGUGGAGGUGAGGUCUGGCGAGGAAGACGAGGAGAUCUUGUUCAGAGAACGAGCCAAGCUCUACCGCUGGGACCGGCAGCUCAACCAGUGGAAGGAGCGUGGCGUGGGAGACCUGAAGAUCCUCUUCCACCCGCUGAAGAAGAGCUACCGUCUGCUGAUGAGAAGAGAGCAGGUGCUUAAAGUCUGCGCCAACCACACGAUCAGCCAGAGCAUCGAGCUCAAGCCCAUGAACACCUCGGCUAACGCACUGGUGUGGACCGCCACCGACUACUCCGAGGGAGAUGGGAAAGUGGAGCAGCUGGCGGCUAAGUUUAAGACUCCAGAGCUGGCCGAGUCCUUCAGACAGGUCUUCACCGACUGCCAGAGCCGCAUGUCUCAGACCGACUCUGCUCAGACGUCUGCCGCCGCGCUGUCUCGAGACUCCAACCCUGUGGUGUUCUUUGACGUGGCUGUUGACGACCAGCCUGCUGGGAGAAUCCUCAUGGAGCUCUUUGCUCACAUCGUGCCCAGAACAGCAGAGAACUUCCGCCUUCUGUGUACGGGAGAGAAGGGCUUCGGUUACCGCCGCUCCAUCUUCCACAGGAUCAUCCCGGAAUUCAUGUGUCAGGGCGGUGAUAUCACCAACCAGGACGGGACGGGAGGGAAGUCCAUCUACGGAGGGAAGUUUGAGGACGAGAGCUUUGAGGUCAGGCACACUGGGCCGGGGCUGCUGUCCAUGGCCAACCGCGGCAGAGACACCAACAACUCGCAGUUCUUCAUCACUCUCAAAAAAGCAGAGCACUUGGACUUCAAGCACGUGGCCUUCGGAUUUGUCAAAGACGGCAUGGAUGUGGUGAGGAUGAUCGGAGAGAUGGGUGCUAAAGACGGGAAGCCCACAAAAACCAUCACCAUCUCAGAUUGUGGACAGAUUCUGUGAGCUUUUCUACACAAACUGCUGUUCAUCGUGUUUGAGACGGUGUUCCCUGAACUCUUGUGUAAAUCAGAACUUGUAUAUGCAGUGGUUUUAUUUUUGUCCUGUUUAUGUGUUAAUAAAGUGGACAGCACUAGUUGACAAUAAAAUUCAUGCAAAAAACAGAAACUUUAUUUUAUUAUAGUACUUGUUUACCCCAGAGUCUCCUCACGUUUACAGGGGCGUUAUUGGACGGAAUGUGAAUCUUUUGAAGACUUUCUUUGUUAAAUGUGUGUGUAUUUGGUUGAAGGUCACUUCACUGACUUGAGGUCCCACACAAACAGCCAUCUUCUUUGAAUUUGAGCAUAAAAUAAACUUCUGGCAACUUGA